UACCGCCAGCAGAAGAGAGCAAAACAUAAAACCCAAUAAUGAUCAGUCUUCAACUUCACAGCCCCACAGAUCGAACCAAACCUUUUUCACCGUUCACUAUGACAGAACUGCCCUUGUCACCACACUCUUUGAGCUGUCACUAUUACACAAACCCCCAUAAGGUCAUUCUCGUAAAUUCACACUGAAAAUCUAAUUCAGUUUCAGCUCCAAAGUCCAAACAAGAAGAUAAACUUUCUCAAAAAAAAAACAAGAAGAUAAAGCAUAGCAUAGAGCAGUGGCAAACUGUGAGAGAGAGAAUCCCUAUUUUUUCUCAUUUCUCAGAUCCAUAUUCUUCACCAGAAUUCUCAUUUCUCGCCAGAAUAUUCGUACCCACAUCGCCAAAAACUCAUAAAGACAAAUGGGUUUGCUCCAAGACCAGUGAAAAGCAAAGAAAAACCACGAUGAGAGAACAAAAAAAAGACCAAAACCAAACCUCGCCGGAAACAUCCGUCGGAAAAUCCAAUACUCUCCAGGGAGGCAUUGAGAUUUUAUCUUCAUUGAUCUCUCUGACUCACUCAGUCAAAGUCUUUGUAUCGAAAUGGCAAUCGAUUCGCGUCAAGCUCGAGGAGCUCCACUCGGGUCUAAUCGCCAUUGAAAAUAGCGAGUUCGAGCACUCCCACAUCGAAAACCCAGCGAUCUCAGGCUUACUUUCAGCUAUAUUAUUGACAACCAGAGAGUCCCAUGACCUCGCUCAACGUUGCGUCGAUCUCUCUUACAGUGGAAAGCUUCUCAUGCAAAGUGACUUGAAUGUGAUCCUCACGAAACUCGAUCGCCAUGUAAGUAAUCUCUCUGACUUGUACACAGCUGGUGUUUUAACUCAAAACCAUGCCUUGGUUGUUUCAAAGCCUAGUGUUACUGCUUGUAGAGACGACAUGCGGUUUUAUAUAAGAGACUUGUUAACGAGAAUGAAGGUCGGUGAUACGAGAAUGAAGAGGCAAGCUUUGGUUAAUUUGUACGAGGUUGUGGUCGAGGACGAGAAAUAUGUAAGAGUUAUGUUGGAACUCGAUGGUGUUGUGAAUGUUUUAGUGAAUUUUCUCGAUUCGACAGAGACACAGAUACAAGUCGAGUCGACUAAAGUUGUGGAAGUGAUUUCUGGGUUCGAUUCGUAUAAGGCUGUUUUGAUUAGAGCUGGGGUUGUUGGACCGUUGAUUCGAGUUUUGGAGUGUGGGAGUGAGAUGGGAAAAGAGGUUGCUUUGAAGUGUUUGAUGAAACUGACUGAAAAUUCGAAUAAUUCAUGGUCUGUUUCAGCACAUGGUGGACUCACUGCGUUGUUGAAAAUAUGUGGGAGUGAUUGUAAGGUUGAGUUGGUUGGUUAUGCUUGUGGGGUGUUGAGAAAUCUAAUUGGUGCUGAAGAAAUAAAGCGGUUUGUGAUUGAAGAAGGUGCUAUUCCGAUGUUUAUCAAGCUUGCAAGGUGUAAAGAUGAAAUCUUGUUGAUGAUUUCAAUUGAAUUCCUUCAAAGUAUAGCGUUUGAAGAUGAAUUGGUUAGGGAAAUGAUUCUUAGAGAAGGAGGGAUUCGUGUAUUACUACGUGUUGUUGAUCCUAGAUGGUCUUAUUCUUCGAAAACAAGAGAGGUAGCAUUGAGAGCUAUUGAGAAUUUAUGUUUCUCUUCCUCGAGUGCUAUGAAGAUUUUGAUGAGUCAUGGUUUUGUGGAUCAAAUUAUGUACUUUGUUCGAAAUGGGGAAGUUUCUGUUCAAGAACUGGCAUUGAAGGUGGCUUUUAGGCUUUGUGGGACAUCAGAAGAGGCCAAGAAAGCAAUGGGGGAUGCAGGGUUUAUGCCUGAGCUUGUUAAAUUUCUCAAUUGCAAGUCUUUUGAAGUUAGGGAAAUGGCAGCUGAGGCACUCUCUGGCUUGGUAUUAAUCCCCAAAAAUCGAAAGAAGUUUGCGCAGGAUGACAGGAAUAUUGGCUUGCUGUUGCAAUUGCUUGAGAAGGAAGAGGGAAAUUCAGGUAAUAAAAGGUUCUUGUUAUCUAUAUUAACAUCAUUAACAAGUUGCAGUAGUGUGAAAAGAAAGAUUGUGAAUUCUGGGUACAUGAAAAACAUAGAGAAACUUGCACAGGCUGAAACUGAUGCUAAGAGACUUGUCAGGAAGCUGUCUACAAACAGAUUCCGAAGUAUGUUAAGUGGAAUCUGGCAUUCUUGAAUGUAAUUUUCCUCUUUUUUUUUUUUUUUUAAUUAAAUUUUUAUAGGUGUAAAUCUGCAUAAAUGUUUGUCAAAAUUUUCCUUCUUUGUUUCCUUUCUGUAUCAAAGUCACCCUCUCUUAAAUUCUCCACUUCCGAAAACAGUUAAGAUUGUAACUGCAACUCUGCAAGUAGAUAUUUAAUAAAAGCUACUAUUACAGAGUUCCUUCAA